AUGCAACUUACUGCUAUCUUCGCUGUCCUCGCCACGGCCUUGACCGUCGCCGCUGCUCCUCAAUUUAGCGGACGUCCAUCUGGUGUCCCGAGCGGUAUCCCAUCCGGAACGUUCCUUCCCCCAAGUGGCACCCACGCUCCUCCACCGCCACCAAGUGGCACUGGUGCUCCCCCAGCUCCACCAACUGGUACCUUCGUUCCUCCAGCCCCACCAAGUGGCACCGUUCGUCCACCUCGCCCAUCCGGAUCUGGUGCUCCUCCAACUGACCGCCCAUCCUUCAGCGGCCCACCACCAACUGGUGUCCCAACCCCAAGGGCUUAG